CUGCAAAGGCGGAAGACAGGCGGGAUGAGACGUUGUUGUUAGAGCUUUCUCGAGUCGAUCGAUCUCAGCAUAGAAUAAAACAUUCAUAAAACAAAUCCGAAGUCUGAGACUUUAAGUUUACGAGUUUAAUAUGGAUAAGAAGGAAGAGCCUGUUGGACAACGGUAAGACAUUUAUAAAUGAGUUUUCAAUUAGACAUCGUCGACAUAUUCCAAGUGUUCUCGUAGCCUAUUGUCUGGCGGCUACAAAAUAACUUGGACAUGCGCACGAAUGUAUAGAUACGAUAUCAAUUUAUGUCAAAGUAAAAAUGUAAAAUCCACUUUUUCAAUUUUUUAAGUGUUUUCCCAGGGGCGUCAUGCACCCCAAAAAUCUGAGGGGGCACAAAGUAUGUGCAUUUUUCAAACUGCUUUUUCCUGCAAUCUAGGGCCAAAAAUCUGGGUAAAGGAAUGUAAGUCAUAUUCAGUACAUUUAGUUAUUGCUUGCCUUUCUGAAGUCUACCAACCUUGCCAGCAGGCAUGCGUAGCACAUGGGGAUGUGUGAAACGUACUGCUCAGCCACUUCAGGCUUCAGCUAGUUUUUCAUGUGGCGCUGACUGGUAAGAUGUUUCAGGAUGGCAGUCAUGUGUGCUAGCAAGGCAGAGGUCCACAGUUCGCGCCAGGUAUGGUCCAAAUUGGGAGGAAGUGGUACUGACAAAUCAAGCAGUGUGACAUCCUUUACACAUGCCAGCUAAGAUAGUUGGACAAGCUAGCUACUCUAACUUGAUUGAGAGCCUGAAAUGGCUUCUUGGUAGCUAGUAAUGAGGUUGGGAUAUUGGGAACUAAUGAUAUUGGGAACCUAUCUGGGCUAGCUUAACCCAAAUUGAUAAAAUUGUGUCUAGUAGUAUUACAGAGAGAAAUAUUAUUAUAAAACAUUUUUUACAGGACAAAUCUGAGGGGGCACGUACCCCUGUGCCCCAUAUAGGCAUGACGCCUUUGUUUCAGCAUUUCGAUCUUGGCUUUGGAAAUUGUCCAACAACUGUUAGACAAUAUUAUUUUAUCUGUUUAUAGAACAUAUUGAGCAUAUUUAAGUAUACAUUUUGCUACAUAGUUUUGGUUGAGAGAUUCAUUAUAGUUCAGGAUAGGAUUGAGCCUACCCAAUCCACACAUCUCAAUAUCAUCAAAUAAUUGUGAGGCAUGAUUAAAUGAAGAGCCUAAUAAACCUGUAACAGAGUUGAUGGCAUCAUUGACCUUAUUCCAGGGUGGUAGAGAGGACAUGUUCCAUUGGAAUUCAUUCAUGUUUCCCAGGUCAAAUUGACACUGCCUACAGUCAGUCUUGCCCUUAUCAUGAUUCCAAUUGCAUUGCAUUGGGUCAUUUCACGUAGGCUACUGAUAUGCCGGGCUGGGGAAAUGCUCUGACGCUGCCCAAAUGCUCUAUCUAAAUGUUGAUGCGCCUCGCUUUCGAUCUACAGUUUUGGAACCCUUUGGAACCUAACUUUUAUAUCGGCAAUAAAUGAUUUUCAAAAGGUUAAAAAAAGAGGCCCUUUUAAGGAAAUUUCAGCUUGCAGUGCAGCAUUGCUAACAUCAGUUUGGCUGUUUACAUUCAUUACAUUUGACGAUGCUGGCUGUGGCAGAAGUAAUAAAUAGAUUAUUGUGGAUUCUGUCACCAUGGACCUUGAGACACAACUCAAGGUAAGGGUAUUUAGACCCAAAUAUAGGUUUUGACUGAACUAUCCCUGAAUGACACACCUUUUAUAGGGCUCUAUCCUGUUCCUGCGGAGAGCUAAAACAGAGUCACACAGAGUGUUUUAUUCACACAGUGUUUGAGUCGUCAGGCAAGCUCAGUGGGUCAGUAUUCCACUUCAGUGAUACCCCAACAUCUUGUCAACAUGUGCACAAGAAAAUGGAGCAGAUAUAUUAUACCAAUCUGUCUGUAUAAAUGUUUAUCCAUAACAAGGCCCAGGUGUCAAAUCUCUCAAAUGUCAAAUUGUGUAAAAUCUUUCCAUCUAUUCCUGUAAUUUAUGGCAGUAUAUUUAUGGCCAAAAUGGCAUUCCCUGAUAUAGACAAUAAUUUUUUCUUGAGUGUUUGAGUUUAGGUCAAUAUAUGGCCAAAAACCUCUCCAAAUACAACUACGUUUUUAGACCUAUUCACAAAAUAUCUUGCACUCUCUUUUAUCAUUUAAAAAGCUGACAAACAGGCUGGCUGAGAGGCUCCAGCUCACUAAAAUACCCCUCCCCCACUCUAGCAUACCAGCCACUGAGCUAUAAAGAUCCCAGGAGCAGAAAAGGAGCUGGCUCCAAUGAACUGACCAAUCAGCAGUCAGGAGGCCUGGCAGGCAGUGCACUCUAUGAUCCCUUUAACACAACAACUGUUACUUCAACAGCAACAAGUGCAUUAUGGGACAGUAUGGGUAGGCUGCAGUACUGCUGUGAUAGGAGUGUGACAUCAUAGCCUAUUUAAUCUCAGAGCCUAUACCAAGACAGGAGAUAGAAACACAAUCAUCUAUUGACAAACAAAAAAAAUUUUUUGCAUAGUGUGGGCUGUAGCAUUUACUUUUAAAUUGUUUGAAUAAUUUAAUAAAAAUCAAUCAUGCAGAAUGCGCGGCCAGUGUUGGGCACUCACUAUUAACAAUGCAGAAAACCGCUCAUCUGUAGCCCAAACCGUUCAAAACUAAAGACCGGGGCUGCAAAUCAGGCUGCUUCACACACACCUAAAAUAACUUUGCGGGACUGUGGUCGGGUUCAGGACCAGUUCUUGCGGGAGCAGGUGGGAGUCGGACAAGAAGUCAGCGGGAGUGGGUGGGUGAGGUAUGAAAAGCAUCCAGAGCAGGAUGAAGAAAUCAGUCCCACACUGUACUGUAUUCUAUUGAGCUCUACUGUGGUGUACUUUGAUGUCCAAACUUGUGAAACAUAGACUUCUAGGAUUGGUUCAGAUUUUGUCUGGUCUGGACCAACCAAAUUUGGUCUUGUUUGGUAGCGGAGCUCAUUAAGAUAAUAGCCAGUGUUUAGAAUAAUACCCAAAUAUGCAAAGGAGGAUAUUGCAUAUUUCUACCUUUGUGUACCUAUUUAGGAUACAUCUCCAUGAAGAGGAUGACAUUCAUAUCCAUAAUUAUGCAUUUCUGUGUGGUAUAGAUCAGGGACCCAUGUUGAAAUUCCAUUACCACAUUUCUGUUACCAGGUGUAAAUUCACUUUACUUACUGUAGUUCUGCACACACCUUUGAAUCUUAAUUCGGAGCAGAUUUUUGAAAAACGUGGUCACAUAAUAAAAAACUGAAGGAGAUUUUAUCAAAAUUCUGUCACCAAACUUUGUAUCUGCACAGUUCUUCCAGUAAUGUUUUUUUUUGUAACAUGUUCAGUGUAAAUUGUUCAAAGUAGUCCUUGUGCAUAGAGUUGUAUGGUUUGUUAAACUUUGAAAUGACAUUUUUUUUGGCAUACAUUUUAAGUGAAAAAUCUGAAUCUCAGUGCAAUUCCGUUACCAUGGAAGUGGCCUUAUGUUGCCUGUUACUUAUAUAAGUGUUCUCAAAUAAUGAUCCUAUCUGACCAUAUUCAAAUCAAACCGAGCACAUUCUGUCACACCCUGGUCAAUGACAAAACUCAUUACUCUUCACUUCAUAUUACCUCAGCUGGUAAGGAUCAGUUACGGUUAUUAUAUAAUCAAUGACAUUUUAUUUUGAUGAACACAGCUUGUGAGAUGGUAAGGGACGGGGAGAACUCCUGAACCAUUUCACCCAGCCUGCAUUCAUACAUGGAGAUACACAUCGCAUCUGUUUAAACUUCCUGUGAAAAGCCUGGGGGAAAGAAGGGGGCACAAUCUCAGCUCUCUGAGACUGUAGAGGACAGGGGGACAAUGGAGGACAUGAGGGCGAAGCGGAAGUGGGGGUCCGACUGUUGAUUGGGGUCAGAUGCCAUAAACAGGUUAACAGAGCCUGCCUGUGUCCCCUUGGGGUGAAGAUAAGAGGAGAUUGAGGGCUGUGGUUCAGGGAGGAAUGUUUCCCUGUUCCCUCCCAGACACAGUGUGUGACUCAGUGAACGCUUAAACUACACAAUGCGGAUCCUACAUGCUGAAUCAAAGAGAAAACAAUUUAGGAAAUACAUUUUGUUCCGUCUGUUUGUAUGUGUGAGUUUGAAUAUUUAGAUAUUUGCUUGUUCGGUUAUGGAGGUGUGAUAGAGUAAAAAGAGGGUCAGAGAAGUUUGAUAAAGAGGAGUAAUAAACAAUGUUUGAAGUUUGUUUGUCUGAGAAGGAAGUGAAUAUUACACUGUAGAUGGUAAGUGGAUGUUAAAUAUCUGGUUUGACUUUGUGUACCCAGUGACUGACUUCACAGAAAAAAAUAUAUUGAAAUGUGUGUUGAAAGGGUUUUAGGUGUUUGUGAUUUGUUAGAAUUUCACACAUCGGAAAAUUGGAUUACAUUUGUGAACGCAGGGAUGUCAAGAAAUCACAAAGGAUUUAUCUUCAUGAAUGAACACCUCCUCAGUAUACCAUUCUCCUCCACUGCCUUGGUCUGUUCUUCUACUUCUCUUCCUACCUUUUCACUUCCUCUUUUCUUUUCUCUCCCUCUUCCCUCUGUCCAGGUCGAGUACGGAUCAGCGGAAGGUGCGUUCCCGGGAUGCGGCGCGCUGCAGGCGGAGUCAGGAGACGGAGCUGUUCUACGAACUGGCCCACACCCUGCCCCUCCCCCGCAGAGUCUCCGCCGACCUGGACAAGGCCGCCAUCAUCCGGGUGACGCUCAGCUUCCUUCGCAUGCACUACCUCCGCUCAGGUGGGCUCCCAAUUGGCCAGUCGUGUCCAUGUCCUGUACUGUGAAUGGUUGAGAGAGCCAGGCAUACUUUCUUUAUUACUUUCCAAGUAGUAACCAACUCCCAAGAUGGUGGAAGUCUAGACCCUUGAGUCGAAAAGGUGGUGAUAUGACAUGACAUUGGACGUGUGUAUUUUAUAAUGUGUGUUUUAUGUCAUAGCAGGGGAUACGAGUGAGGAGCGCGUCACAGAUGGGGACGAGGACAUGAUGGAUGGGUUCUACCCCCGAGCGUUGGCAGGCUUCAUCAUGGUGAUGACAGAGGAGGGGGAUAUGAUCUACCUGGGUGACAGCGUCAACAAACACCUGGGCAUCCCACAGGUACAUACAGCCACACAUGGUUCUGGCAAUAUCAGGGUCAUGGGUUCGAUUCCCACUGGGGCUAUCCAUAUGAAAAUGUAUGCACUCACUGUUGUCAGUCUCUUUGGAUAAAAACCAUCUGCUUAAUGGUAUAUAGUAGUACUAUACUAGUAUACAGUUCCACUGCUGUUGUGUGAUGUUCCCAUUUGUUUACAAUCAGUCUGUAUCCACAAAGCUCUAUUGCGUAUAGUCCGGUAGAAUGAAUCAGUUAUAGGCUUACUAGAAUGUCAACUGCAGACUCAAUACAAAAAGUGGAUACUCCCACAUAAUGAAUGGCAAAGAGUAAUGUUAAAAAUAUUCCGUUAUUACUGCAUGUUUUACAACGGUUUUAUUUAUGGCCAUUGAUGAACAGUUUGGUUGUCCAAUUGGUUAGUUCUAUGUUGCAUUAUUGAUUUAAUGGGUUGAAAUCAUGAGGCUUUUUUGAUAUUUCAGUGUCUGAUGUGAGUUAAACUACACAUGAUGUGUGUUCCUGAUACGAGCUUCCUUUUCUUCCUUCAAAAUAGGAUGUGGUCUCUGAGAGCCCUCAAGUUCUACAGAAAAAAAACUUUUUUUUACGAGAAGUUGUCUUUUUCUUUCGCCUUAACUUAUCAUCUUUAAAAAAAAUCAUAGUAUGACUUGUAGGCGUGUAAUACAAUCGACAGCCGUUACAAAUAAUCAUCCCACAAUAGUGAAGUGGGAGCUAAAUGUUCAUGGUCCCCUAGAUUACCCUGCAGAACAAAUUUAAGAGUCUGGUUGGUUGGAUUACCAAGAAAAUGCAGACAUCAUGUUUGUAGAAGUUAGCAAAUACAAGCUACAAAGCACCUGGUGUGAUAUUCUCGGACUUAGUAUUUUGAGAGAACCUGCAGUGCAGCUUUUCUUAAUCUGCUAUUCAUGGAAAAGGGGCCUGUGUGACGUUGUAUUGAAAUGGUUGCAUUAUUGUUGAGUUGUCCAGCUGGAGUUGCUGGGCCAGAGUGUGUAUGACUUUGUCCACCCAUGUGACCAAGAGGAGCUACGGGAUCUCCUGACGCCUAGGCCAGGUGAGACAAACCACCCUUUGUGUGUGCAUGCGUACGUGUGUGUGAGCGACUGCGUGCAUGCAUAUGUGUGUGUUCAUCAUGCAUGCUCACACAGAGCUGUAAGCCUGCAACCUAUCUUCUCUCCACCCCAGGUGUGUCCAAGAAGAAACCAGUGCAGCAACACACGGAGAUGGCCUUCUUCCUUAGGAUGAAGAGCACUCUGACUGAAAGAGGGCGCACUGUCAACAUAAAGUCUGCCACCUGGAAGGUACUUUUGCCCCCCACACAGCUGAGCCCUAAUGAGCUAGCAACACCCCAAGCCCCCGUACACCUGUCUAUGCCGCACCUGCAUAGGGCGUUAGGUUUGGGCUGUAUACCGUUCAUAAUGUAUAACGGAGUAUUUUGAAAUAUUCAAUACCGUCAAUAACGUUGAAACUAUUUGUAGCUUGUUUUUUCAUAAAUGUGAAUAUUUGUCCUUUUUAAAUAAAUACCUGCAGUCAACUUGUACACUUGGUUAAUAGAUAAAGCAGAUCGCGUCCUUCAUUUCGCCUGUUCCAUUAUUUUUUCAUUAAGAAGUCGUUCCCCAAAUCAGCUGAUUGAGCCAGUCACAUGGUAUGUUGGUUUACAAAGAGCACACGGAGCAAAUGGAAGCUUCGUGACGUGACGAUCGAUCCACAGAGAGGUGAUCAAGUUACACUUUAAAUUCACAACUUAUGUUUGCUAGCUAAAUAUCUUAUAACUAUACAUUUGACUAUCUAACAUGUGCCAGAUGAAUUCUCUCCAGCUCAUGGCUCCAGCUAUGCAUUUGGUUUCUUAACUUGCUCACUAGCUAAGUUGCUAGCUUGCAAGAUUUACAGCAGAGACAAUCAAUACCCUCCUUGAUCAAGAUCCCUGCUGUCUAAUAUUUGUUUUGUGCAUGCAGAAAACUGUGAGUAGCCUAUUGAGUAUAACUUUAUGAGCUGGGCUGUCUGUUCUUGCGAUUAGUUUGUCCGAUUGCGCUUGUUAGCAUUUAGCUAGUGUCCGCUAUGGAGAGAAAUAGCGCCCCCUUGUGUGCACUAACAGUAAUACCGUAUACCCCGGUAUGGUAAAAUUCGUAUGAAAAUCUGGAUACCGCCCAACCCUAUUAGGGUCGUCUUUCACCAUUCAGUGAGAUUCAUAUGUUGCUGUUACCAGUGACGUUGCUAGGACAUUAGACCCACACCAGAGCUAUAAACAUGAGAUGUGUUUUGAUUCAGAAGGCCAGGACACUUAAUCCAGCUGAAAGGUAUCACUGGUAGGACAGGCUGGCUGGCCUCGAUAUCAGGGGGUUGUCUGUACCCUCUCCAAUCCCCAUUCUAAUGAUGAGACGUGGGGGAGUAACCAUAUCUCUCUGGUUUAUGAGUCUGGUUCUCUACCAACUUAAUCCAGCCUGCCACCCUGCCUGACUUUAUUUCCUAUUGGUGCGACUAUGGCUUGCCUACAUCAUUGGUAGCAUAGAUGGUGUCCCCGUCACCUUCCUUUCACUUGGCUCAUUUCUGCUUGGCUCAGUUUCCAGCAUCGAGAAGUUGAUUCAGGGGAUGACACACACAGAGCUUUAUUUUUGUGAAAUUUCUUGACUUUAUGGGGAGUCAAAAUGUUUGACCUUUAAAAAUCCAAUGUUCCUUAACCCUAACCUUAACCCCUAAACCUAACCUUAACUUAAAACUCUAAACCUAACACUUAAGCUUAAAAUAGCAUUUGAACAAAUUCAGGACCUGAAAAAAGUCCUGACUUAAAAAUAAAAAAAAGUUCUUGUUUUCCUACCUUGUCAGGACAUUUGGGUGAAUUGUUAGGACAUUGGGGUCCUGAUAAGGUAGGAAAACAAGUAUACGCACACACACAGGGCGGGGGUCCAUCAGUGACCAUGACUGUCAGAAAGCCUUGGCCCAGCUCUGGACUCCAGUAGAGGUGUGUGUAAAACAGUGUUGACUCAGCAUUUGUGUCAUUGGGGUGAGUCUGUGUUCUCACUCUUGGCCAUGUUACAAGGGCGUCACAUACCAUUAUUAUACUGCCAUUCCAGUACCUCUCCAUCUCUACGGUUAUUUGGUCUACGCCAGAGCUCUGGUCUGAAGUAGUGCACUAUAUAGGGAAUAGGGUGCCAUUUGGGAUGGAUCCUUACUCUUAUAUAGAAUAAUCCUUACAUUCUUUCACUUUCUUCUAACGCACCAUGUCUAGCUUCAAGUCCCACUGUGAAUGUUGCUUAACAUAGUCAGUCUGCCAUGAAUUGUCUCUACAACAUGAAUGGGCAACUGGCAGGUAGCCCGCGGCCCCCCCUUUUUUAAAGGCCGUCGUAUCAAUUUCCACACCAAAAAAAAGCGAGCCACUGCGGCCCCUCGUGAUGAGUUCUGUUUUUGUGUGGCCCCCAUCCCCAUCAAAUUUGCAACAUUCACAUUGGGACUUAUGGGUCCUGUUGCUCAUGCAUGUGUCCUGUUAUGUAUAUAUGGAUAGUCAUGGUUAUCGAACUAACCUUACCACACUAUGUGGCCCCCAGGUGCUGCACUGUACAGGCCACAUGCGUGUGUGCUGCAGUGACGAGGAUUCGUCACCCCCUGCAGGCCGCUUCAUGACGGUGCUGUGUGAGCCCAUCCCCCACCCGUCCAGUGUGGAGUUCCCUCUGGACCGCAGUACCUUCCUCACUCGACACAGCAUGGACCUGUGCUUCACACACUGCGAGGGCAGGUGAGGCUGAGCAAACACACACACACACACACACACAGGGUGAAUUCAUUUAGCAGAUUCUGUUGCAAAACGUUUUGCAACGGAAUAAUUUUUACUCCAACCCCUGAAUAAAAGAGAAGAGCAGUCACGGAUAUAGUCAAUCAUAAAUCAAUUUGGUUUCAUACAAGUUGCAACAGGGAGAUAACCUCCAGCAUAGAAAAAGUCUGCCUGGCCUCCUCGGAGAAGGCCCUUAUAUCCACUAUCAGCAGACAACUGUUCUGUCAACAAGGUCACUAAAUCUUCUGACUCCAACUAAGACAUUGGCCUUAGCCACUGUCGACACACAUUACAAGAAAGUAUACCAUCAGCACUUAAACAGGUCAAAGGUCUGUUUUAAGAAGUGAAAGGAUAUCAGUAGUCAGUUACAACAUAAUUAUAGACUAACAGAAGAACAUGAUGUUAAAAAAAAAAAAGUUUUUUUUUUUUUUAAUGGGGGUAGAUCAUGAUGUUAACAUGGGGGUAGAUCAUGAUGUUAACAUGGGGGUAGAUCAUGAUGUUAACAUGGGGGUGAUCAUGAUGUUAACAUGGGGGUAGAUCAUGAUGUUAACAUGGGGGUAGAUCAUGAUGUUAACAUGGGGGUAGAUCAUGAUGUUAACAUGGGGGUGAUCAUGAUGUUAACAUGGGGGUAGAUCAUGAUGUUAACAUGGGGGUAGAUCAUGAUGUUAACAUGGGGGUAGAUCAUGAUGUUAACAUGGGGGUACAUGGCUAAUUCUGGUUUCACCUCCCAUGGGAAUGCCUCAGUCCACGUUUCUCACCUUAAUUAUAUUUAUAACAUAUCAUUAACAAAUCAAAUACAGAAAAUCGUUAAUGAAAUAAUUUCCCACUACACACAAACAGACAGACAGCUGGAGAUGGCCAUCCCCAUACCGUGGGAAAGUUUAUAACCAUUGUUUGUUGCCCAUUCUCAGCGGGGCUCAUAGAAUUACAAUAACUCAUAACUAAUUUACCCCAGCAGAUUAAGAUACCAAGUUAUACCAUUCUCUCUUACAAAACUACCUUACUGCAUCAUCUCUGGUUGUUGACUCCAAGCUGAUUUCUCACCACUGACCCCUCCUUCUGUCUCCACUGUGUUGCCAGGGUGGCAGAGCUAGUGGGAUACGAGCCAGAAUAUCUGAUUGGCAAAUCUGCCUAUGAAUUCCAUCAUGCCCUGGACUCGGAUCAUGUGACCAAGAGCCUGCACAUCCGUGAGUGUCUGAGAGCAGGGUGUGUGUGGAUUGUAGGUGGAAGGGCCCAUGCAAAAACAUUGGUUUCACUGAACUAGUCUCCAUUGUAACAUUAUCAUGUGACAUAUAACAGUACCGUGAGAGUCAGUGUAACACUGUAACGUGUUAUGCCGGUGAGUGACACAUAAGUAAAAGGACACUGUGUGAGUACUGGGGACGACGUGUUGUUGUGACAGCUGUUGUCAGGCGGACUUGGUAUGCUACUGCUCAGCCUUUCCUCCUGGGUGUCUGUGGGAAGCAGACUGAUCAGUGAGGACAGAGCCAUGGACAAAUACAACUACUGCUCUGCUCGAAUACGUAGGGUGUUUCUCAAUAUGCUCUGAGUGCAUUCUCCGAGGGCGUUCUCUUCAGUACGUUCUUGUGAGGACGAGAGUGUAGAGAACGCAUAAAACAUUACAUUUGAGAAGCACUCGCACUCCCCCUACUGUAUUGCCUCACACUGCACCUCCCAUUCACUGAACCUUCCUCCAGCUAGGACAAUGGCAAACGUUUUACUUCAUAAUUAUCAGCUAGUUAUAUGUGAAUCGUAAUAAUUUAGCUAGCCAGCUAGUUAAACAGGCAUAAAUGACCCAAAACUAAUGUUAUGCAAGGUAGAUGUCAAUUCUUCGUGGGUAGCUAGCUAGCUAGCUAACAAUUAUUUGUGACUAUCUGGCUAGCUAACAGUAGUAGCUAGCCAGUUAGCCCUGUUGACUUACUCUGGGCUUGCAAUCUACGCACACUACAGUGGGUAUUGUAGGCACAGCAAAUUAACACAGCAUGUAUUUAUUAACUUAACAAGAUAAAAUAUUGUAUUCUGGCAACAUAUGAGAUGUGAAUGGGCAACAGUUUAUUUUCUCUCAUUUCAGCUCAAAUAAUGGUUGCCAUUGAUUUCAAGAAAUGUGCGUAAUUUUUUUACGUGGUUGCGUUAUAUUUCUCUGCAUACUUUCCGUUGAAGCUUGCAUCGAUGCAUGCUUCAAAAUAUGUACAAACGGAGUACGCAUUCGAGAAGUGCCCUCCGUGCUCCAUUGCGCAUACUUUGAUUUGGACUCAUACUCCGACUCUCCAGUGCCCCAAUUUGUGUGCUCUGAACACGGUAGGAUCCAUUUUGAGAAACACCCAUUGUCUAUCAUCAGACCACUGAGGUUUUGAGUAGCAACAAUCAUCAAAAUGUAUAAAAGGUCAAAAAUACAGUUCUGCUAAAUUUAACAGCUGCAUAAUGGAGCAAGAUACUCAACGCUUUAAAAAAAAGUCCAUAUUAUGGCAAGAACAGCUCAAAUAAGCAAAGAGAAACGACAGUCCAUCAUUACUUUAAGACAUGAAGGUCAGUCAAUACGGAACAUUUCAAGAACUUUGAACGUUUCUUCAAGUGCAUUUGCAAAAACCAUCAAGCGGUAUGAUGAAACUGGCUCUCAUGAGGACUGCCACAGGAAUGGAAGACCCAGCGUUACCUCUGCUGCAGAGGAUAAGUUCAAUAGAGUUACCAGCCUCAGAAAUUGCAGCCCAAAUAAAUGCUUUGCUGAGUUCAAGUCACAGACACAUCUCAACAUCAACUGUUCAGAGGGGACUGUGUGAAUCAGGCUUCUCAUGGUCGAAUUGCUGCAAAGAAACCACUACUAAAGGACACCAAUAAGAAGAAGAGACCUGCUUGGGCCAAGAAACACGAGCAAUGGACAUUAGACUGGUGGAAAUUUGUCCUUUGGUCUGAAGUCCAAAUUUGAGAUUUUUGUUUCCAACCGCCGUGGCUUUGUGAGACGCGGUGUGGGUGAAAAGAUCUCCGCAUGUGUAUUUCCCACCGUAAAGCAUGGAGGAGGAGGUGUUAUGGUGUGCUUUGCUGGUGACACUGCCUGUGAUUUAUUUAGAAUUCAAGGCACACUUAACCAGCAUGGCUACCACAGCAUUCUGCAGCGAUACGCCAUCCGGGCUUAGUGGGACUAUCAUUUUUUUUUUCAACAGGACAAUGACCCAACACACCUCCAGGCUGUGUAAGGGCUAUUUUACCAAGAAGGAGAGUGAUGGAGUGCUGCAUCAGAUGACCUGGCCUCCACAAUCCUCCGACCUCAACCCAAUUGAGAUGGUUUGGGAUGAGUCGGGACGGCAGAGUGAACGAAAAGCAGCCAACAAGUGCUCAGCAUAUGUGGGAACUCCUUCAAACUUGGAAAAAGCAUUCCAGGUGAAGCUGGUUGAGAGAAUGCCAAGAAUGUGCAAAGGGUGGCUAUUUGAAGAAUCUCAAAUAUAAAAUAUAUUUUGAUUUAACACUUUUUUGGUUACUACAUGAUUCCAUAUGUCUUAUUUCAUAGUUUUGAUGUCUUCACUAUUAUUCUACAAUGUAGAAAAUAGGAAAAAUAAAGAAAAGUGUAGGUGUCCAAACUUUUGACUGGUACUGUAUAUAUAACCUAUUUAUGUGUUUUGUUAUUAUAUUAAUAGAAUAAUUCAUGUUUGAAGUAAAAUGUAUGAAAAUGACAAUGCAUUUGCAUAAUACGCUUGAUCAUAAUUUUAUACAUUUGCACAAAAUUACGCUCUAUCCAACCAGCAUCUUUCUAAGGUACCGCCCCCUCACAAUCCCCUAAUCUCCCAUAGCUUUCACCAUGGAUUCCACUCAUAUUCAUGGUUGUUUUUGUCAAAUCCUCUUGCAUAUUCAACAUUAGGUGGAGACUAUGUUUAAGAAAAUGAUAACCCCCUGUUUUAUAAUCUAAAUGCGCUGCUCUAGAAUUUACCAACGCACAAAUAGUUGACAUUGUGUGGAAGAUCAAAACCCUUAUUUAUGAGAUUUGGCUGUUCCUUUUCGGAAACGGCUUCCAUUGCAGGUGAGUUCCUUUUUUGUCCAGUUAAAAAAAAGUAACACUCAUCUGUGCAAAGAUCGCUUUCUCCUCUGUCUUGUGGUAUAAAUAUUUUCUUUAAGUUUAAUCCCCGUCCAAGCGUCGGCGUUGUAAAAGAUGCAGAUCAAAAUCCACUUGUGCCAUUGUUUACAUUUUGAAGGGGACCGGCAUGUGUUUGAGCGGUCAUAACAGACGUUAGCGCGAACGUAAAAUCUAUGGGAAAGUGUGCUUUGUACAAGCAAGGAAUGGGCAUUGGUUUUCUUUUUAAAUAAAUCAACCCAGCAACAAUUAUGUAACAAGUGAAUUUACACCCCACAAAAAACUGGGAAGUAAUGGCUGGAAAGAGAGGAAUGAGGUGGGCGGGGCAUGCGCUUUGCUACUUUGAGCCCUGCUCAACCUUUUUAAGAGUGCUAUAGUGAAGUGGUCAACUUGAAGUGUGCCUGUGGGUGUGUGCACAUGUUUGUCUGUGUACAUUGAUAUGUGUACAUUUUAAUUGUCGUCCACUGACCUGUCCUCCCCACUGUCCCCAUCCCAGUUCUUUCCAAAGGCCAGGUGUGCACCAGUCAAUACCGUUUCCUGGCUAAGAGUGGGGGCUUCGUGUGGGCAGAGACCCAGGCUACAGUAAUAUACAGCAACAAGACCUCCCAACCAGAGGCUGUGGUCUGUCUUAACUUUAUCCUCAGGUAAUGCCCCACCUCCUCUCUACUCUCAUCUCCUUUUUCAUGGCACAUACGUUCACCCCUUUCCAUUCUCCCUACUCUACAUCUUCUCCAUACUUAUUUAUCAUCUGUCACUAUCUGUCUGUCUUUCUGUCUCUCUCUCUCUCCCUCUAUCUCUCAGUGUGGUGGAGCAGGCAGAUGUGGUGUUCUCAGUAGAGCAGACUGGCUGUGGGCUGAAGAGUGAUCCUGUCUCUGAGGCCUCAGAGGAGACCUUGUGUGAUAGUGACAACAGGAAUAACAGUGACAACAGCAGCAGUGCAGAGCUCUUCCUCCAGCUGAAGGAGAACCCAGAGGACCUCCUCCAACUGGCCCCUGUCUCAGGAGACCCCACCGUACCCCUCACAGGUCACCCUCACACUUUAAUUCACACCUUUAGUACUGUACCAUCUUGUGGUUAGUGUCUCCCCUGAGAUUGGAAGGUUAGGAGUUUGAUCCACGGUCGAGUACCAAAUGAUUCUGGGGCCUGAGGCCCUGCGACAGACUAAUGUACAGUGCCUUGCAAAAGUAUUCAUCCCCCUUGGCGUUUUUCCUAUUUUGUUGCAUUACAACCUGUAAUUUAAAUGGAUUUUAAUUUGGAUUUCAUGUAAUGGACAUACACAAAAUAGUCCAAAUUGGUGAAGUGGAAUGAAAAAAAUACCUUGUUUCAAAAAAUGCUAAAAUAUAAAGAACGGAAAAGUGGUGCGUGCAUAUGUAUUCACCCCCUUUGCUAUGAAGCCCCUAAAUAAUAUCUGGUGCUACCAAUUACCUUCAGAAGUCACAUAAUUAGUUAAAUAAAGUCCACCUGUGUGCAAUCUAAGUGUCCCAUGAUCUGUCACAUGAUCUCAGUAUAUAUACACCUGUUCUGAAAGGCCCCAGAGUCUGCAACACCACUAAGCAAGGGGCACCACCAAGCAAGCGGCACCAUGAAGACCAAGGAGCUCUCCAAACAGGUCAGGGACUAAGUUGUGGAGAAGUACAGAUCAGGUUGGGUUAUAAAAAAAAUAUCCAUAACUUUGAACAUCCCACGGAGCACCAUUAAAUCCAUUAUUAAAAAAUUUAAAGAAUAUGGCACCACAACAACCCUCAAUCCAAUUGAGAAUCUGUGGUAUGACUUAAAGAUUGCUGUACACCAGCGGAACCCAUCCAACUUGAAGGAGCUGGAGCAGUUUUGCCUUGAAGAAUGGGCAAAAAUCCCAGUGGCUAGAUGUGCCAAGCUUAUAGAGACAUACCCCAAGAGACUUGCAGCUGUAAUUGCUGCAAAAGGGGGCUCUACAAAGUAUUGACUUUGGGGGGGGGUGAAUAGUUAUGCACGCUCAAGUUUUCAGUUUUUUUUUCUUAUUUCUUGUUUGUUUCAUCUUCAAAGUGGUAGGCAUGUUGUGUAAAUCAAAUGAUACAAACCCCCCAAAAAUCCAUUUUAAUUCCAGGUUGUAAGGCAACAGAAUAGGAAAAAUGCCAAGGGGGGUGAAUACUUUCGCAAGCCACUGUACUAGUAGAUCAAGCUGCCUCAUGCUACAGAAGCAGCCUCCUGCCCUAUGGGCCAUUCUGGCUCAGACAAGGCUUACUUACUACACAUUCACUGUCAAGUGCUCAAAAGGCUGUUUACAGUGAGGGAAAAAAGUAUUUGAUCCCCUGCUGAUUUUGUACGUUUGCCCACUGACAAAGAAAUGAUCAGUGUAUAAUUUUAAUGGUAGGUUUAUUUGAACAGUGAGAGACAGAAUAGCAACAAAAAAAUCCAGAAAAAACGCAUGUCAAAAAUGUUAUAAAUUGAUUUGCAUUUUAAUGAGGGAAAUAAGUAUUUGACCCCCUCUCAAUCAGAAAGAUUUCUGGCUCCCAGGUGUCUUUUAUACAGGUAACGAGCUGAGAUUAGGAGCACACACUUAAAGGGAGUGCUCCUAAUCUCAUCAUCUCAGUCGCCAGACCUUAAUCCCAUAGAAAAUCUGCAGAGGGAGCUGAAGGUUCGAGUUGCCAAACGUCAGCCUCAACCUUAAUGACUUGGAGAAGAUCUGCAAAGAGGAGUGGGACAAAAUCCCUCCUGAGAUGUGUGCAAACCUGGUGGCCAACUACAAGAAACAUCUGACCUCUGUGAUUGCCAACAAGGGUUUUGCCACCAAGUACUGAGUCAUGUUUAGCAGAGGGGUCAAAUACUUAUUUCCCUCAUUAAAAUGCAAAUCAAUUUCUAACAUUUUUGACAUGCGUUUUUCUGGAUUUUUUUGUUGUUAUUCUGUCUCUCACUGUUCAAAUAAACCUACCAUUAAAAUUAUAGACUGAUCAUGUCUUUGUCAGUGGGCAAACAUACAAAAUCAGCAGGGGAUCAAAUACAUUUUUCCCUCACUGUAUGUUUGUGUCUUGACUUGUGUGUCUUUGUUUCUGCAGACUUUGCGGAGCUGUCGUUCAGCCUUCCAUCAAGCUCUGACUCCGUCCCAGAUUUCCCACAGGACCUGUGCACCCCUGAGCUGUGGACGCUCCUUUCACCCAUAUUCAGCAAGCUCACCUCAUCAUCACCAGCACCAGCACUGGUAAGAACUUUGGUUGAUUCUUAAAUGUCAGUAAGGAUACAGUAUCUUCCUAGAGUCUAUAACAUAUGGACCCAAUGUGUUCAGUAUAUAUCUGUCCUCGUCAGAUCCCCAUUGAGGAGCUACCAAUAGAGGAUGAGGUGGAGAAGUUCUUUGCCGUCUGUCCAGAUGAGAGCGUGCAGAAGGAAGACCAGCCUGAGGUACAUGCAGUAUACAGCUGAUGUGUAUAGUCAGAACACAAUUGCCUAGCUAGACCACACACAACAGUGCUGGAUUUCUAAUACUUUCCUAUUUCUUCAAUACCUCCAAACUAUUUUGAGAGAGGCAAAUUAGUAAGAGGGAGGCCAUACCUGUGUAUGAGCAUUCUGUCUCCUGUGCUGGUAGGACGUGGAAGUGAUUGAUCUGGACAUGCUGGCGCCAUAUAUCUCCAUGGAUGAUGAUUUCCAGCUUAGCGUCCAGCUCCCUGAGACCCCUGACAGCCUCUACCCAGAGCCCCCCACUGCUACCAGGAAACGGUAAAGAUCUACUCUACUGACCCACUGCUGUCUGGGUCACACCAAUGAGAGACGACCGGUUGGAAUGAGUGACAGUGGUGUUGGAUGUUUUGGAGUGACAGUGUUGCUGAAUGUUAACAUUCCUCACUGUAAUUUCCACAGGAGUCAUGAGCUGGAUGAAGACAUGCCCUCCCAGCUGAUGAGUCAGGACAAGAGACCGAGACACUCGGUGUCCCCCAUCGAGCAGGAACUGCUUCUCAACUACACCCUGCUGGUGAGGAGGGGGUUUAAGGUUGGGAGAGGAGGGGGUUUAGGGUGGGGGUUGGGGACAGUGUAUUACAUUUGUUCAAGGCAUCAUUAAAAUUACUUAAUGCACAAUGGUGUGUUAUUAAGGUUGAAAUGGUGUGUUUCAGGACUGCCCUGAGGAUGCAGACAGCCCAGAGUUGGAGCUGGGGCCACACCCCUGCAGGCGGAGCCAACUGCUGACGGACAGGGACCCCAUCCUGGGUGAAGCCCAGGGACUAUGUGACACCGCAGGUACAAACACACACAAAUGCACGUCAUGGUACUACUGUAUCUUGGGCAAAUAUUUAGGCUUCAUGUCUGGCAUUUGCAUACUACGUCAUACUGUACCUACCAAAUUCACUCUUGCUAAUACCUACCGAAAUAGGUGAUGAUGACCUCUCCUCCUCUUCCCCUUCUCUCUCAUUCCCCCAGCCUUGAUGAGGGACCUCUUCUUGUCCCGCCCACCUGACCCCCUGACCUCUCUGACUUGAGGAAGCAGCUGCCAAUCUUCCCCUGCCAGCUGGGGCGUGCUGAGAUAACGGAGCCACAACAGGAUUCACACACUCCCCAACCAGACGCGUCAUUCUCUCUGCCAACACCUCCAACUCCGAGAUUUCCUCACGCUUGCCAGCUAUGUCCACAACAACAACAGCCUGCUAUGGUUUUCUGUGAGGAUGCCUGUAGCUUAAAAAACGUUCUUCCUCCUUUUCUCUCUGAACCACCCUUGCAUGUCUCAUGUUCUAGGAGUAGGUGGCAGUACUAUGUUCAGCCCCUCCCUUCUCAUUUAGGGUUGAUAAAAGUGUUCUCCUCAGUUCUUGUGAACACUUGUAGACUUUAGUCUAAACACUACACUUGACCCAAUGGUGCUUCCGAGGUCAGAACAGACUAAAAAAACACACAGACAAAUCAAGCCUAAGACAAAUACGUCCAGUAAGUGGUGUUUUAGGACACAGUGAUGUUCCUUCAGUUGGUCUACUGUUAGUACAGUAUGUGGACCUGACAGUCGGUACAGGACAUUUAGGUUGAUUAUUUAAAAAAACAAUUAUUCUAACAAACGCACAACGGUUAUAAGAUAUUCCAAUAUUACCUGCGAACGAUCGUCAGUGGCAUAUAUGGGUCAUCUUUAUAAGAAAGGAUCAAAUUAAUGACUAACAACCCAAGCCAUUGCUAUUGAGCAGUUGGAUGCAGUACUCAGGCAGUUGCGUUACCUCAACAGAUAAUCUGUAUGUCACAUACUCGACUGUCAUACAAGGGCUCUUUGACUGCAAUCUCUUUCCAACCAAACUGACAAAUUAUUUCAGUGGCAUCUUUUUACCUAGUCUUUUUAUAUACUGUACAUGCUAGACUUAGAAAAAUGUGGUAUUAAAUGAAUGCUUUGUAUGCUCGCUUAUGGACUACUAUUGUAUAAGCUGCAAUGUUUUCGUUGCUUUUAUCAUGUAUUUCUAGGUGGUGCAAGAUGAUCAUCUUGUCAUAUUAAAGCAGUAAUUAUUAUUUUUCGGAAUAUGCUUGCUAUUUUGCAAAUUCAGUGGAUAAAUAUCUGAUAUACGCCUUUUGAGCAUUCAUUUCACACACUAUAGAAAUAUUACUUAACAUCUUAUCAAUUACUCCCCCGUUGAAUAGGAAAGAGAUUGAAAGAUACUUGGUUUGAAGCAUACAUAGGAUUUAUUUUAGUUGCAUGAUUAUAAGAUUAUUGCAUUUGCAAAUCAUUAAAUGAUUCUAUGGUGGCUUUUGUGGCAUUAGAUUAAUCUCCAUAGAGUCAUCAGAAUCUAUUGUU